CUAGCGAUGGACGUCACAUCGGUGCUGCUCGCCGCGCAGUCCCAUGACCAGGCGAUCCGGCAGCAGGCCGAGCAGCAGCUCGAGUCGGCGAAGCAGCAGAACCUGGCGCGGCGCUCGCUGCGGUGCUCUCGGCUCUGCACCCGACUGACAGCCGCUCUCUCCCCCUCCCCCUCCCAGCCGCUGCUGAUGUCGCUGAUGGCGACUGAGCUCGCCAACGAAGGCAAGGAGCUGCGCAUCCGCCAGGCCGCCGGGCUGGUGCUCAAGAACUGCCUCACGCCGCGCGACGGGACGAAGCAGCAGCAGCUGGCGCAGCUGUGGCUUCAGACGGACGCCAACGCCAAGCAGCAGAUCAAAAACACCGUGCUCGGCACGCUCGGCAGCAGCGUCAAGGCGGCGCGGCACACGGCCGCGCAGGCCGUCUCUGCAAUGGCAACCAUCGACCUGCCGCACAACCAGUGGCCGGAGCUGAUCCAGGGGCUGGUCACCAACGUGACCCAGGCGCCCAACGGCUUCGUCAAGCAGUCCUCGCUCGAGGCGCUCGGCUACAUCUGCGAAGAGAUCGAUCCGGACGUGCUGCAACCGCAAUCCAACCUCAUCCUUACCGCAGUCAUCCAGGGCAUGCGCAAGGACGAGGCGGACGAGGAGAUCCGGCGCGCGGGGACCAACGCGCUGCUCAACGCGCUCGAGUUCGUCAAGACCAACUUCGACAACGAGGUGGAGCGAAACUACAUCAUGCAGACCGUCUGCGAGACGUGCACCGCCGAGUCAAAGGAGCUCAAGUCGGCGGCGUUCGAGUGCACCGUGCGAGUAGUCGAGCUGUACUACGACAAGCUCGCACCGUACAUGCAGGCGCUGUACACGCUGACGCUGCAGGCGAUCGAGAAGGCGACGCACGACCCGGCGGAGGACGAGGUCGGCCAGCAGGCCAUCGAGUUUUGGUCCACCAUCUGCGACGAGGAGCUCGAGCUGAUCGAGGAGGCGCACGAGCAGCCGCCGCGCCCCCCCUCGCGGCCGUGCCAGAACUUCGUGCGCGGCGCGGCCGCCUUCCUGACGCCGCUGCUGCUCGAGGGCCUGACGAAGCAGGACGAGGACGACGACGACGACACGUGGAACGUGGCGAUGGCGGCGGCGACCUGCCUCGCUCGCGUGGCGCAGGUGGUCGAGGACGAGGUGGUGCAGUACGUGACGCCCUUCAUCGAGCGCCACAUCACCGCGACCGAUUGGCGGCGGCGCGAGGCGGCGACGCUUGCUUUUGGCUCCAUCCUGGAGGGGCCGUCGCCAAAGGCGCUGCAGCCGUACAUGGCGGACGCGCUCAACCUGAUGAUCCGGCUGAUGCGCGACGCGUCGGUCCAGGUCAAGGACACGGCGGCGUGGACCAUCGGGCGCGUGUGCGAGCACCACAUCCUCGCGAUCACCGCGGAGCAGUGGCAGCAAAUGACGCGCGCGCUGCAGCCGGGGGAGCCGCCCGAGGCGGAGGGUGUGCUGCUCGCGGGGCUCAAGGACGAGCCGCGCGUCGCCGCCAACGUGUGCUCCGCGCUGCACAACCUGGCGGAGCACUGCGAGGAGACGCGCAACAACCCGACCAACGUGCUCUCGCCCCUCUUCGUCGACCUCGCGCGCGCGCUGCUCGCCUGCACCGAGCGGCCCGACGCGGGCGAGCGGAAUCUGCGCGUCUCGGCGUACGAGGCGCUGAACACGACGCUCACCAACGCGGCCGAGGACACCAAGGCCCACAUUGCCCAGCUGCUGCCCGUCAUCGCGGGCCGGCUCGAGCAGUCCUUCGCGAUGCAGAUCGUCUCCAACGACGACCGCGAGGCGCAGAACGAGCUGCAGGGGCUGCUGUGCGGCACGCUGCAGGUGGUGACGCAGAAGCUGGGCCAGCUCGACCGCGAGAUGGCCGACCGCCUCAUGCAGCUCUUCCUCCAGGUCUUUGGCUCCAAAAACUCGACGGUGCAGGAGGAGGCGCUCAUGGCCGUCGGCGCCGUCGCAAACGCUGUCGAGUCCGAGUUUGAGAAGUACAUGCCCCACUUCCGCCCCUUCCUCUGCCUCGGCCUCAACAACUACGAGGAGCACCAGGUCUGCGCCGUCGCCGUCGGCGUGGUUGGCGACAUCUGCCGCGCGCUCGAGGUCAAGGUGCUGCCUUACUGCGAGGAGAUCCUGCAGCUGCUGCUGCGCAACCUCCAGAACCCCGCGCUCAACCGCAACGUCAAGCCGCCCAUCCUGUCGUGCUUUGGCGACAUCGCGCUCGCCGUCGGGGGCAACUUCGAGGCGUACCUGCAGGUGACUAUGUCGAUGCUCGAGCAGGCCGGCAUGACUGCGAUGGACGUGUCCAACCCGGACUUGGUCGACUACUUGGGGCAGCUGCGGGAGGGGAUCUUCGAGGCGUACACGGGCGUGCUGCAGGGGCUGCGCGCAGAUAACAAGGGGCCGAAGUUCACGCCCUACCUGCAGGGGGCGAUGCGCUUGCUACACCAGGUGGCCGAGUCGUGCGGCCACGACCAUGUGUCGGACGACCUCUGCCGCGCCGCCGUCGGCGUCGUCGGAGACCUCGCGAUGACCGUCGGGCCAGAGUUCACGCGGAUAGCGAAGCAGGAGCCGCACAAGAGCUACUUGAAGGUGCUGCUGAAGGAGGCGCGCCAAUCGCCCAACGAGAUGACGCAGCAGGUUGGCUCCUGGGCGACGCGCACAGUGUCCCAAUAGCGGCCAGUCGUACCGCCGUCUCCCGCGAGGCGGUUUUGGCCGCCAGCAACGCUCCGUCUUGGUUGCUGCGCCGGCCGUUGUAUUCGCAUCAUAUGCACGCCCCCACCCUCUGUAUUCCGGCGGCACCCAACCCCGCUUCACUCUAGUUCGGCGUGCGGCGCGCUGGUCUGACGAGUGUCAGUGAUCAGCGCCUCUCGCGCUAUCAGCUAGGUGUGUCGCGCUGUGUGCUAGCCCUCCGUAUUGCCCCUGCGCGUUGAGUGUUUCUUCUAACAAAGAGAUUUAGGGUACAUUG